AUGGCGUCAGCCGUUCCCGACUCUUCUAUCCACAUCACCAACCUCAACUAUAAAUUCCCUGAUGGCACGCUAGGACUGACGAGUAUUAAUCUCGAUCUUCCUUUGGGAAGCCGUACACUGCUAAUUGGAGCGAAUGGUGCUGGCAAAAGCACACUUCUCCGACUUCUAUCCGGUAAACGCCUCGCUCCGUCCGGUACCGUACUGAUUGGCGGUGUCGAUCCUUUCAAGGAUGGUCUCGAAGGGGUAACAUAUCUUGGUGUUGAAUGGGUUUUGAACCCUAUUGUGCGGACAGAUAUCGACGUUCCUACUCUUCUCGCAUCAGUCGGAGGAGACCACUACCCAGAGCGACGAGAUGAAUUGGUUGAGAUGCUUGACAUAGAUCUAUCAUGGCAUAUGCAUGCCGUCUCAGACGGCGAAAGGCGUCGUGUUCAGCUAGCUAUGGGUUUAUUACGGCCAUGGAAUCUACUUCUUCUGGAUGAGAUUACAGUGGACCUAGAUCUACUAAGCCGAGCAAAUUUUCUGGAGUUUCUGAAAAGAGAGACAGAGACUCGACCAUGUACGAUCGUAUACGCGACCCAUAUUUUGGAUAACCUUGCCCAAUGGCCCACGCAUCUAGUCCACAUGCACAUGGGCAAAGUUAGAGACUCCGGAGCAUUCGAGAAGUUCCACGCCGGAAACAAAAACGUAUCGGAGAAUAGUCGACUAGGGGAAAUCGUCAUGGAGUGGCUAAAGCAAGAUUUAAAGGAAAGAGGCCCACGGCCGGGACGACCAAGCGAGAGUCAACCAGACCCGGGUUAUAACAUGGAGAUUUGA